UCCACCCAUAUGACAGCACUUUUAAUGUGCAACAACAGUCCAGAAAUUUAACUACUAAAACACAUAUCAACAGAAGACCAUUAUAUCGACUCCUUUUUUGUCUUGGUUCCCACCUGGGGGCCGCGUGUUGGGCCCCAUAUAAAUCCAAACUGCACCACGGGCUGCAAACAAACAGGCUGUGGGCUGCACACGGCCGGCCCAUGGGUUGAGUAGCCCUGUGCUAGAAAAAGCUGUAGUGUUCAGGGCCUUUACUAUAAAAAUAUUAUACUUUUCCUUGGGGAAGCAGCCAUCCCUUUUGCCCUAUGCAAAGUAUUGCCAUAAUAUAUUAUAGAUGAUCUAUGAACUCUAUGUUUGAUAUUCAGGCUUUCUAUAAAGUUAGGAUCAUAUUAGAAGAAAAAGAAAUGACCAAAGAAUCUCUAAAGCAAGACCUUCAACUGGGAAACUGACCUCAAGGGCAAUCUUGGUUAAUUUUCAGGCUUCCACCUCCAUCAGUAUCUAUUUCUACAGCCAUUAAAAGCAGAAAUGCAUAAUUCACACUAUAAACAGAAACAUAGUAAAAUGUCUUUUAAUGAGCUUUCUUCUAGGAACAUAUUAAAUGACGAGUCUUGCCAGUAUCUGGGAUUUUGCCCCAAAUUGGCAAGUCUCAGCACAGAUGAGGUGAGACUCAACUGUAGUUCAUAUCGUGAGCUCAGAAAGCUUGCAGGUAAUUUGACAGCCUUCUAAGAUAACACUGCAGAAGAUAUGCGGGAGGCUUCCCUGCUGUGGGGGAAAAGACUCCAGCAGCAGGACAAUAUAUUGCUAAAAUUAGCCAUGUAGAUCUUGGGUGAGUAGAGAGCUAAUGUAUCUUCUAGCCUGAGAAUCCUGGAGGGCCUCCUGAGUACUCUAACAACAGGUAGUAUUACCAUGCAAUAGAACGGAAUAAAGGACUUCAUGGUUAUGUCCUGUACCACAAAGGGCUGGUUGUAGAAUAAAUAUAUAGGGAUCAAGGAAAAAGCAACCCAGAAUAAAGAUCUGGGGAGAAAACCCCCAAAGUCCUGGCUCAUAAACUGUUGUAUGUUGUAAUUCUGGUUCUAAAGAAAACUCUUGUUUGCAGUGUCAGAGCUCCAGACCAUGUCUUAAGGAGAUAGACUGCAGUGUCAGGUACUCUAACUAGAUUUACAAGGCAUAAUUAGAUUAGAGCUAGACACUUAUUUUUUAAUUAAAGUUAAGAUUUUCACACAAUUCCAAGAGCUGGGACUUGAAGAAAGACAGCAAAUACCAUGAGAAUCAGUAAAAUUAUGAGAGAUGAUGUCAUAAUCGGGAGUGCUGACCAGCAUCUGGUGACUAAACUCUGUACCUAGCAAGGUAUAUAGUGGUCAGCCAAUAACAAUGCAGAUAGGAAUUUCAAACUGGAAAAGAGGGGUUUUUCCUUUCUCUUCUGUGUUUGAGAAUCAGAGCAGUUUCUUCAAAGUACAGAGGAAGAGAUGGGAGACACCUCUCUCUCCAAGAACAGACUUCUUACAAUGUGUGUUAGGUGACCAUGGCUGCAGAACUGAUGAAGACUUUAAAGUGGUUCUGAAAGAGAUUCAGGAAGAAGUGCAAAGAAGAAAACAAUUAGCUCAUCAGUCCAUGGCAAGAAAAGCCAUAAUUUCACAAUGUUACAAACCAAAGCAUCCAGAAGUAUAUGUUCUGCAGGAUUCAUUUCUGGCACCAGAGUUUUUAGAGACAGUGAAGUACUGCACAUCACAAGAUGCUGAUCUCCAAGGCCUCUUGCGAUGCAUUGAUUCUAUAUCAGAUAAGAGGAUAUAUCGACUUCCAGUGUUCAGCAAGGAAUUCUGCCGACUCUUCAUCGAAGAGCUGGAGAACUUUGAGCAAUCUGAAAUGCCCAAAGGCAGGCCAAACACAAUGAAUAACUACGGGGUUCUGUUAAAUGAGCUUGGAUUGUAUGAAGCUUUCAUUACACCUUUGCGUGAAAAGUAUCUGCAGCCCAUAGCAUCCCUGCUUUACCCUGACUGUGGGGGAGAGUCCUUGGACAGCCACAAAGCAUUUGUGGUCAAGUACUCACUACAUGAAGAUCUGGAUUUGAGCUCUCACUAUGAUAAUGCAGAAGUCACAUUGAAUGUAUCCCUAGGAAAAGAAUUUACUGAGGGCAACUUGUAUUUUGGAGACCUCAGGCAGGCCCCAACUCCAGUGCCAAAGUACGUGGAGAUUGAACAUGUGGUAUCCCAAGGCUUGCUACACCGAGGAGGGCAGAUUCAUGGGGCACUGCCUGUCACCUCUGGGGAGCGCUGGAACCUCAUUAUAUGGAUGAGAUCAUCUGCUAUCCGCAACCAGCUUUGUCCUAUGUGCAAUAAGAAGCCUGAAUUAGUGGAGGCUGAGGAAUUUGGAGAUGGGUUUACAAGAAGUACUGAAGGUGACAUGCCCCAGACUGUGGAUUUAUGCUAUUUAAUAUAGCUGGUAAGGAGAGAACUUUCCAGUGUGAGCUGGGGAAAAUUGAGCUUGAAGCCCCAAGACAGCAGGAACAAGCACAGAAUAAUUUUAACAGAAGCACCUGUCAGGUCAGCAAAUGGCUUCCUGGAAGGCAACUCAAAAACUCUUUUUUGGGGAAAGGAAACCAAUUUUUUGAGCAGCAGCCCCUGUUUGGGGCCUAUUAGAGGAGCUGGUGGGGAUUUUUUAUAAGCAUAUUUUGAAAAUGUAAAAUGACUGAAGGCUUUGAUUUAUGCCAUGAAUUGCAGAGUUCAUCUGUGUACAAUCACAAGUUUAGAAAACAGCCAAAAAACCCCAGCUUAGAUCUUACCAAGGCAGUUGCUCUGUUGGUAUAAAGAUAGUAUAUUAUUGUAUAAUUCUUCCUUUUCAGUCAGCAUCCAUUCACCAUUACUCCUGCCCCUCAACUGGAUGGAAUAUCAAACUCCACUAGGGAAGAGUCUGUUGCUUCCCAGUGGAUGGUAUGCAAGACCUGCUCAGAAUGUGACAAUGUUGUUUUACCCAGGAGGAAACAAGCAAUAGUACUGUCAUCUCUAAAAGUCAGGGUGAAUAUAUGAUCCUAUCAACUGAAUAGAAGGUUAGACCUAAUUAAGUAUUUGAGAUCAAACUGCUUCCAAAGGCUGCAUCUUACAGGACAAACAUAAGCCCUAUUACUCUACAAGUGAGUGUUUAAUUUAUUGCCUUACAUUAUAACCCCAGAAUGAAGGUACUAAAAUAAUUUCUAAAGACAUUGUGGAUUCCAUAUGAACAAGCAGAAAUCAGCUGUAUAGUGAAAGAUCUGGGGGUUUUGCAAUUUAUGACGACAGAUCUCUGGUAUAAGGAGAAAGCAUGCAGAAGUAUAAUAAACACUUGUAAUCCUCUUCCAUUCUGUACAAUAAUAUCUAGGUAAGGGUGGCAUACAGACUAAAAUAUCUCCAAAGGACAUUCUGGUCCUUAUAUGACCAAUGCAAAGGUUUGAAUUCUUUAAUUUGGCACAAAGAUCCCACUUCAAUGAGUAUAUUAGAGAAAAAUUAGAUAGCCACAGGCAGGGUCUGUCUCAUUGCCUGAUAACUGGUGAUAUUAAUUCAAAGCUUCAAGCAAGA